GCCAGAGGCAGGAGAGGGGUGAGAAGGUGAGGGCAGAGGAGAAAGAGGGUCGGGCAGCCCUCAGAACACAGGAGAGGGCUGCCAUGGAUGAGACCAUUGAUGCCACCGCCUCCGCUGGACCUCCCGCUGGAACCACUCCUGACAGCUGCCAGUGCCUCCCAGUGUGCAACACCUGAAGGAGCCGCCAGAGCCCCCAGCUACAGUAGAAGGCCAUGUGCCUACUCUUCCGGCCACAUCAUAAUCGGCCCCUCAACCCCACCAACACCAGCUCCUCCAAGCCAUCGUUGGCGGUUUCGUCCACCACCACCACACCACCCCGCAUGUCUGUCACCACCAAAACGGCCUCCUCUGGACCAACUGCCUCCUCAGUCUCCCCUGGUCACACCACCACAGCAGCCUCCUCUGGUGUCCCUGCCCCCUGCAAUUUGAAUACAGCCACCUCCACAGUCCAUAGCACCAGCCCACAAGGCAUGUCCACCCCCUCCCAAACUUCUGCAGCUUCCUCCAGAGGUAUUGAUGUAAAAAAGUUGAGAAUGGUUUUCAUGAAACAUGGUCUGUCUAACACUACUUUUUCUCUUAACCGCAGCACGGAAAAGAAAGAGACAAGCUCCACCGGCAACCUUUGUCAUGCCACCCAUGGCAGAACUCUCAGGAGACAGGUCAGUGUAUGUAGAAAGAACACGUUUAACCAGGCAAAACCUGGCUUGUUCUUCAUCGCCCUGGACCACUACACCAACGAGGCAGAGGACGCCGAGUUUGGACCUAUUAUGCUGGUGCUGCACUGUAAGAAACUGGAGAUCCUCAUUGGAUCUGAGGGAUGUGACGUGGCCAUAAACAGUGCCUGGGACACCUUCCAGCGCUACCGCUGUCUGGAGAAUUAA